GCUCCGCCGCGCACCGUAGACCAGGGCUCCUCCCACCCUCUGCUGUUGCCGGGUCCGGGCGUCGAGAUGGCGGCUCCCCUCCCUGCGCGGAGCCGGUUUGUGGUGGUGGGAGGGGGGAUUGCGGGAGUCACCUGCGCCGAGCGGCUGGCUACAGAAUUUCCAUCAGAAGAUAUUCUCUUAGUAACAGCUUCUCCAGUUAUAAAAGCAGUAACAAAUUUCAAACAGGUCUCCAAAACACUAGAGGAAUUUGAUGUUGAAGAACAACCAAGCACUAUGUUAGAAAAACGGUAUCCCAACAUUAAAGUUAUAGAGUCUGGAGUGAAACAGUUGAAAAGUCAGGAGCAUAAAAUUUUCACAGAAGAUGGCAAACAGUGUAUAUAUGAAAAACUUUGCCUAUGUGCAGGAGCAAAACCUAAGUUAAUUUUUGAAGAAAACCCAUAUGUAUUAGGAAUCCGGGAUACUGACAGUGCUCAGGCCUUUCAGAAUCAUUUGGCUAAAGCUAAAAGAAUAGCAGUUGUGGGAAAUGGUGGCAUUGCGCUCGAAUUAGUGUAUGAAAUUGAAGGAUGUGAAGUGCUUUGGGCCAUCAAAGACAAAGCCAUUGGGAAUACUUUCUUUGAUGCGGGAGCAGCUGAAUUCCUUAUUCCAAAGCUAACAGCUGAGAAAUUAGAGACUGCAAUUACAUGUAAAAGAACCAAAUAUACGACAGAAGGAAGUGAGAAGGAAGAAGGAAGUGUGGCAGCAGCUAACAAACUUGGCACUGCCUUAGGCCCUGAUUGGCAUGAGGGCCUACAUCUUAAAGGAACUAAAGAGUUUUCUCACAAAGUUCACAUUGAAACACGGUGUGAAAUAAAGAAAAUAUACCUUCAGCAAGAAUUCAAGCAGCUGCAGAAGACCUCUUUGUCUUUUCCUAAAGACAAUUCAGAUAACCAGAAUGCACACCCAGAUGAAGAGCUGUGGCCUGUAUAUAUGGAAUUAACCAAUGGGAAGAUAUAUGGCUGUGAUUUCAUUGUCAGUGCAACUGGAGUUGUGCCAAAUGUUAAGCCAUUUCUUGAUGGUAAUAAUUUUGCUCUAGGUGAAGAUGGCGGUCUGAAAGUGGAUAAACAUAUGCACUCUUCAGUAGCAGAUAUCUAUGCAGCAGGGGAUAUCUGCACUGCAUCGUGGGAACCUAGUCCAGUGUGGCAGCAGAUGAGGCUUUGGACCCAAGCUAGACAGAUGGGAUGGUAUGCAGCAAAGUGCAUGGUAGCAGAUUUUUUAGGGGAAUCUAUUGACAUGGACUUCAGUUUUGAACUCUUUGCUCAUGUUACAAAAUUUUUCAAUUAUAAGGUGGUGCUUUUGGGAAAGUACAAUGCUCAGGGUUUGGAUUUAGACCAUGAACUAAUGUUGAGGUGCACCAAAGGGCAAGAAUAUGUCAAAGUGGUGAUGCAGAAUGGACGAAUGAUGGGAGCUGUAUUGAUUGGUGAAACAGACUUAGAAGAAACCUUUGAAAACUUGAUUUUAAAUCAGAUGGAUCUUUCAGCAUAUGGGGAAGAUCUUCUAAAUCCAAAUGUUGACAUAGAGGAUUAUUUUGACUGAAACAAAAACACUGCUCUCCAUGAUUUGAUUUAGAGUUUGGACUUUCUGUGCUGUGGUUUAUAUAACAAUUUACAGAAAUCAAGUAACCAGGUGUAAUUACAAUUCUGGAGUGAAGAUACUGUGCUGGUGCUGCCAGGCACUAAGAGGCAGGUGGGAGAGAUGUGCUGAAAUG